AUGCUUGUGUCGUUAGAUUUUAAUUUUAUUUCAAUGCCUAUUAUUUUCACGAUAAGCGUUGCAGUUUCAUUUCUAAUAUGUGUGUAUUUCUCAAAUUUCAUUCGAAUGUGCUACUAUGUGUCAAAAAUUCGUGGACCGCUUGCUUAUCCAGUUAUUGGUAAUGGUUUGUCGCUCAAAGGUUCUCAUGAAGAAUUAACUAAUUUUAUUUUCAAAACCGCAAAUGACUAUGCACCAAUAACUCGAUUAUGGAUGGGUCCAAUACCAUUACUGUUUACAGUCGAGCCAAAAAUUGUUCAAGAACUUUUAACUAGUUCAUCCGCAUUAGAAAAAGCUUGGUUUAUGAAGUUAAUUGUAAAGGCUUUGGUCCGUAAGUCUUUGGUAAUAUCAGAAGUACCUCAAUGGAAACGGACUCGAACUUUGAUGAUGAAAGGUUUUACUUUAUCGCUUUUGAAGUUAUAUUUCAAAAUAUUUGAAGAUAAGAUUGAUAUACUCACUGGAAUAUUGGAUAAAUUAGAACUUAAUAAAGAAAACACUUUUGAUAUGUAUGGAAGUUAUUUGUCAAAAGUUGCAGUGGAUUCUAUUUGUGCAACGAGUAUUGGUGUUGAUAUGAAUGUAUUACAAACAGAAACUUCUUACUUUGACGCUAUGGGCAGGUCCUUGAAUAUAAUGAUGAAAAGAGGAUACAAUCCAUUAAAAUAUCCCGAUGUAUUUUACCGACUUACAAAGGAUUAUAAGAAAUUGAUGGAAUAUAGGGACAUGAUGUGGUCAUUUACUCGUAAAGUGAUUUUGGAGAAACGAAAUAAAGAUAAAGAUCCUGUUAAUAAUAAAUUAAUUAAUUCUGAAUGUCUAGAAAACAUCGAAUAUAAAAAAUUGUCUCUAUUAGAUAUUAUGCUUGAAUUCAAAAAGUGCAACCCCGAUUUCACCGAUGACCAGUUGCAGGAUGAAAUAAAUUUUUUAAUUAUUGCUGGCUUCGAUGGAAUAGCUAAAACUGUAUCUAUGGCUAGUUUGUUGUUGGCUUUAAAUAAAGACAUACAGACGAAAGUGUGUGAAGAAUUGUUUCAAGUAUUAAGGGAAACGAAUCGAACUAAAAUUAAUUUUGAGGAUCUUGCAAAAUUAAAAUUUAUGGAACAAGUAAUUAAGGAAACAUUGAGAUUAUUUCCCGGAGUGCCACUAAUCUUAAGAGAAGUAUCAAAAGAUAUUUUAAUUGAAAAUUAUACAAUUCCAAAAGGAGCUAAUAUUGCUAUUCCAAUAUUCAGUCUGCAUAGGAAUGAAGUCUAUUGGGAAAAUUCUUUAAAAUUUGAUCCAGAACGAUUUACAGCUGAUAAUAUUCAAAAACAACAUCCUUAUGCGUUCAUACCAUUUAGUGCAGGACCUCGGAGUUGUUUAGGUUAUCGAUAUGCAUGGGUUUUUAUGAAAUUAGCAUUAGCCAAAUUACUGAGUCGAUAUGAGUUCCAUACCAAUAUAAAAGAUAUAAGUGAAAUUAGGUUUAAACUUGAAAUAUCAAUGAGUGUUAUAGGUGGACAUCAAGUACGAAUUACACCUCGCCAGAGAAGAUUUUGA